UUUCUCUUGCUAGGAUAUAAAAGAUUAAUUCAUGUCAAAGUUUGCGCUGCAUAAAUAGAGAAGUCUGAAAAGAUAGGGAAAAUAUCACUAAAAACGAUAAGAAGUAGUAGAAUUUUGCAACUUUUUGUGGUAGAAAGGAGCACAUACACCCUCGGCUUGAGAUUUCAUCUGCAAAAGAGAUUUGACAAAGGGGCGGUGACGGAAACCACAGCGAAGUAACUUUGAAAGAGCGUCGAUAAGGGAAUCAAGAUUGUCAAAUUAAUAUCUUAUUUAACUCAAAGUUUUCGCCUUUCCUCGUGGGCAAGAUUAUCUAUAGCCCACAGACCCGAUCUGGAAAUUGCCUUGCUUUGUAUCAACUAGUGUAUUCAAAGAGUGGAGAGUAGAUCAAGUAGACAACAAUUGCACAUAACAGACCCUGUUCGUUGUCCUUUUGUCUUCCUGGCUAUAAAAGCAUGCGAAAUAGUCGGGUCGACAGUUCAUUAUGAUCACUCAAUGUGUGGUGACCUCGUAAUGACUAGGUGGUUUUGUAGUGACUCGCUUGCAGGUUAACAGAGAAAUUAUCUGUGAGGUGCAACGUUAGAAAUUCAGUUCAUCGCUACAGUUCACAAGACGAAAAUUCAAUAACUAGCUUUCAUGCCACGAGAGAUUUCCACAACAAAUCUGUAACCCAUCACAAGGAUUCGCAAAGAAUUUCCUGGAAAUUUGAUCCAACACAGAUAAGUGCAAUUUUAAUCUGGCUCAGCUCAAGAACUCUCUCCGAGUAGGUCUCAAAUAAAGAACGGUUGUUUACUGCAAACAGUGAAGGGGCAGCGUGUAAAGAAAGGCGAUAGUUGUUGUCAAUUUGCUGUUUUAAUUCUGCAAAAAACAGUUCAUGACCAAACUGGAAAACAUGACUUCAUCUGCUAAUGAACCAUUCAAAAUUGUUCUACUUGGAGACGAAGGUGUUGGAAAAACUGCGCUGUUGGUGAGAUUUUUAUGCAGAAGAUAUUUGGGGGAAUAUGAUCCAACAAUUGAGGAUGCUUAUUCUAAAAAGAUUACAUUAGAUGGCAAAACACACAUCAUCGAAGUCUUAGACACAGCCAACAAGGGUGAAGGCACGACGAGACGAAAAGAAUUCAUGCUAACAGCAAAUGCAUUCAUUAUAGCGUUUUCAACCAUUGACUCUAUAUCGUUCCAGUCGGUUUUGCGUUACAAAAGAAUUAUCGAACAAUAUUCACGGCACGACGAUAUACAUAUCGGGCUGAUAGGAACAAAGUCAGAUCUGACUCAUCUACGACAGGUGCCUCGGAAUGAGGCUCAGUCGUUUGCGACAAUAUAUGGCUGGCUGUACUCGGAGUCGUCAGCUGCCAACGAUAUCAAUGUGCAGGGUAUCUUUCAUAGUAUUAUACGAGCAGGAAAGGGAGAAUCAGGACUUCCAAAAAACGUUCCGGAGAGACCAAUGAACAGAAAGAAGUCUAUCUUUAAUAAACUGAGUUCUCAGUUCAUGAGGAAAAGGUCUUAUAGCAAGCCUAUAGAUGUACCAGCUGAGAUAGUCCAAAAUGGUAAUGGAUUUGCAAAGAAUUCGAUGUCGUCCCUGUCUGUGACUGCAAAUGUAAAACAGUAUGCAAGGAGACGCUCCUACAGCUUUACGACUGUGAUUUGAGACUUACAGUCCCUGGCCAAACUCCUUGGAACGCCUUGCUUGUUUAAGUGUUAUUUAUGAAAAAUUUACUGUUUUCAGUAGAAUAAGACCGACCUCUGCCCCAAAAUAGCUUUAACGAAUCAAUUAAAUCACAUCUAGCCUCUUAUCAUCGCAUUAAACUGUUUGGAGGGAGUGAGGGGGUGCAAUAGAAAAUAUUCAAAAAUUUGGAGCAAUGAACCAACGAUUUUGGCCGGGAUUUUAUAUAUAUAUCAAUGUAGGUAAUGAGAUAAACUUUUAACCAUCGCAAUCCUAACAUGAAGUACCUUCAGAAAAUUUGUCUCUGUGUCAGCUAAAGGCAUAAAUGCCCGGCUUUAUGUAUCAUUUUCUUGGCAAAUGGCAGUAAGAAGGAAGGACAGUUUGGUGAAUAAGUUUUAGCGUCUAGGCAACUCCUUGAAAUGUGCUACUUGCAAAACAAACAAAUUGAUGCUAUCUAAAACUCUUUAAUCCCUAGGAAGGCCAGUUUUGUACAUAUUGUUUUCAAUGCAUGCACCCUUCUUAAUCAAUAACUCUGAAGGAAUGCAGUUCUGCUUGAAGCAUCUUGCAAGGUUUAUCCAUGCUAAAACUGCUCCCUUCAGCAUCCUCUAGCUUAGCUGUAUGUACCCUGGGUACCAGACUCACUCAUAGGUUUUGUAAUAUUUUUGCGAGAGCUUUCUUCAUAGCAUUGCAAAACUAUUUUUUCUAUCAGUUAAACGUAGAAUCCACCAAAUGUAUCAUCGCUGAAUGUUUUUCGCAGACUCAUACAACGUAAUUCUUCCCGCACAAACGGGAAACAGGGUAACAUUCCUAGUCAGGUAAUAGCAGUGCCACACCCCUUCCCCUUAAUUUUGAAUUUACCGGCAAAAGCAAAUAGAAAUGCUAGAUUCUAAGUUUAUAAUCUAUUGCUCCAAUGUUUUAAACUUGAAGAUAUAUGAAUAGUGAUAAACAUAUUCAUGAAUAUUACGUACUCUAUUCUUGCCUUAAAAUUGUUUAUUUAUUCUCAAAUGGCUCAAGCUUUCACUGGAAACAUUAGGCCACAAUGCAUUAUUGCCAACAAUCAUAUCUUUGAAACACCAUAUUCAGCAAAUCUUGGGAUCAGCCCCCCUCCAACAAUUUUCUUUAGCUUGUUCCCUGUGUAGCAGUUACCAAGCUCCUGGUCAAAGUUGAUGCAAAAGGUUCUUUAGAAAAUUGAACAAAUAAAAGCUUAAAAUUGUAGACUGUCAAUUUGAAAAAUUAGAAACGCAAUGCAUAACAGUCUUAUACUGUUUGACUCAGCCAUGAAAGCAACGAUUGUAAAGAAUUCAAUUUUUUUGCGAUUUUUAUUAGUUAAAAGCUGUCAUUGCUAGCUAUGAUAAAGUUUUUGUAAGAAACGCGAGUGAGAAAUGCCUAUAUUAGUGCUUGACUUCUUUAAACCCUGACAAUACGUUCUCAGCAUUUAAGGAACAAUAUCGGAAAGCAUUUUUUAAGCUGCUGCACCUCAACUCAUAAAAUGCAUUUAAAGUUGAAUUUUCGAACUUCUAUUGUAGAAGAAGCCUAACGUACAAUAUUGGGAAUUUUUUUAGCAAUUAUUUUUACUUUAUGUUGAUUUGGCAUGGUAUCGUAAUCAGCGAUGCAACUCACUUGGUUGUAACUGAAAUUCUUUAGCCAAUAACAUCAGAAAACAGGUGGGUUCUAUCUGAUUUGUUUUAAAUCCCUCCCUGAAAGGUUUAUAGGCCCAUGAAUUUUUCCACAAGAUUGCAAGACAGCAGGAUAGAACAGAGUUGGUUGCAGCCUUACAUAAUUUUUAAGGGAAACUCAUAUAUUUUUGGUAUUAUCAACAAUUUAUAAAUGAAUCCAUUUUCGUGAUUAACCAAUUCAUCCACCAACAUAAUCCACCGUAACUUUCACUAAUACCUAUAAUUUCUGGGUAGAAAAAGACCAUCACCAAACAUGCAAGGUGGGGCUAACGGAUGUAUUAGGGAAGUUUGAGAUUCUAAAUAACUCUAUGCUGAAUUUGUAUUUGUAUUCUCUUAGUAAACCAAUGGAAGAAUAAGAAUUGCUUUGAAGAAAUGAAUAGGCACUGCCUGGGUAGAUUGGUUUGUUACUGACUGAGAGGGCAGAAUAUGGCGUUUUCUCUUCACUAUGACUUUUCUUAAUCUAAUCUCUAUCUCAAGCGUGUUGAAUGACCUAAUCAAAACUGGUAACUUUAGGUUAUCAACUUCUUGUCAACUGCACGGAGAUCUGAUAUCUCACGCGUUGUGUUGCUCCGACUACACCAGGCAUGUACAUGUAUUUGUCAAGUUUUGGGCCUUAUAAGCCGGCCCAAGGAUCCCCUGAUAUCAAACAGCAUUUUUUUGUGAUUAAAGAAUAACAUUUUGACACAAUAGGGGAAGAAUAACGUUUCCAGAUCACCCAUCCAUUAUCUUAUAUUCAUUG